UGCAUUACUAAUUUUUUCAACUGCCGAUUUGGAAAACAAUGAAAAAAAACUUGUUCUGUAAUAAUAAAAAAAACAUUCAGGCCGCCGUAAAUAAAUAAAUACUGCACUCCCCUUUUUGCGCAUGCUCUGAGGUUAAAAUUCCCUGCUUCUUAGUUACCGAAUAGAAAACUUUAUUUACAAAUGGCGCACACGUUAUUUCUGAUUAGAAUUAUUAUUUAAAAUAAAAUAAACCAGAAAAGAUUUUUAAAAAAUGGGAGAACCGGAAAAUAUUCUAUCUUCCUGGGAAUCCGAAACUUACAUAGAACAUUUAGAACCUUCCGAAUUGGACCAUUUUGGAACAAAAGGAUGGUUCGAACAUCACAAAAAAUUAAUGUUGCUAAAUCAGCAAAGUAUUUUAGAAAUUAGUUCAAUGAGAGAAGAAAGUAUCAAAGAAUGGUUUGUCUCUCUAAAAAAAAUACCGGUUUUAAUUCACGAAGCUAUUCAGGUUGAAAUUUGGAAGCACAAGGUAUUUCCUUUGCUAAUUGAAAUGAACGAAGAACCAUCGAAUACUUUUAUUAUAUACAGUGUCUUUUACCACGAAGAAUUGGCAAUUUCUUUAAUCGAAAAUGUUUUAUUUCACUCGGAAAGUAUUGAAAUUCUGGACGAUUGUGUUCUCGAUUUGAUAGAUUAUUCUGUAAAUAAUAUUACUGCCCUCUUGUACGGAGAAAACGACAUUUGUACUAAAAAUCCCAACUCCUGCUUGGGAGAAUUAUUUCAAAAGAAAGAAGAAUUGGAAUUCGAUAUAGGAAUAAAAUGCAUCUCCAUUCUGCGCUAUUUGGCAGAAUUUGCAGAUAACCUCCCGCUUUGUGCAUUAUCAAGACUUCUUUGCACUCACGAUGUUCCGUAUUUAUUGUGCCAACUUUUAGAAUUGAAACCUUGGUAUAAAGACAUUGACGGACAAAAGAUGGUUUACGAUGGAAAAUGGAAGAAAGUAAGCCCGCAAGAAGAAGAUAAAAUUUCGAGAAUUGAGGGCCAAGUUUGGUUCGGUUUGAGAGAAAUUCUUUUAAAUCACAGAUGUGCUCCUUAUUAUGAAAUCACAGAAUUCAGGCAAUCUCAAUUAUUAAAGUUGCAGAAAUAUAUGCACGAACAUGUGCUCGAUCAAAUUUCUCCUCUCGUAGAUUUGCGAAGAUGGUUGAGUUAUUUAAAUGUCAGCUCGCAAAAUUCGACUACACAACGAUCAAUAAAUGUAGAAAUGAUUCCUCAAAUCAGAAUUUCCAUAAUGGAAAAACACGACAAAAAGUGGAAAAGGUUGGCAAAGAAUCAAUCGAAAGCUCUAUUUACCAGAAAUAUAGAAGAUAUAAAAGCCACGGCGCAAAUAUUGAGCGAAUCCUACAAUAUUGAAAAAUUGGAAAUUAUCGAUCGAAAAAAAUGUUUUCUCUGCAAAGAGGGUUCUACGCAACGAUGCUCUAAAUGCAAAGAGGCCUGGUAUUGUGGAAGAGAAUGCCAAGUGAAAGAUUGGCAGAACCACAAGGACUUCUGCGCCCAGAUUCUCAAAUUUAAAGAAACAGAUUAG